GUCACGUGACUUUUGGUUGGGAGCCACCAUUUUGGCAGUCAACAUGACCACCGGUGCCAGUGUUUUCUUACCGAGCGAGUAUACUUCUCAUUUUAAUUCAAGUGAAAUUCGGCUUUAUAGUACAAAAUUAGAGAGAUUAAAUAUAAGCGACCCAUAUAAUUCACCCGGUGUGCUUUUCAAGAGCAUAACCUCCUGCUCUGAAGACGAUGUACCCGACUUGCGCUACGCAGACAUCCACAGCUAUCUUGUAAGCUUUCCAUCAGUGUACUCAGGAGACUCCCUCAGAGCGUACAAAAGCUUGGAGGCUUACAAAUGGUGUCAGUCCGGCUUCGUAAACAACAUUCAACUGUGGAGUCUUACAUCCAAAAACUUCGGCAUCAUCACUGCAAGGGUUAAUCACUCCCAAAGGCUUAAUGAAAGUCAACUAAAGCCAUGGGUGGUGGUGAGGAACGACGGUGUUGUGCUGGGAGCCCACUGCAACUGCACAGCGGGACUCGGGGAGAGCUGCUCUCAUGUGUCAGCUGUUCUCUUCAGUCUGUGGGGAAAAAACAACGCAAGGCACGAGGAGAUCAGCUGCACAUCCAAAAAAUGCAAGUGGGCCUCUCCCAGUGAGGAUGCUGCGAAGAAUGUGGAGUACCUGCAGGGCAAGGACAUCAUAUUCAACCAUACUCAACAAAAUAAAAAGGGGAAUUCCACCAAGGGUACCUCUGCGCCCCCAUCUUUCCCACCCCUGACUGCUGCUGAGCAAACACAGUUCUACCAAAAUCUCUCACAGUGCCGGACUCAAGAUGGGAAGUCCUGCAGACCUGCAGUCCUGUCAGUUGUUCGCGGGUACGCCACAUCCUAUGUACCCAAGGCUGUCAAGCUAGAUUUACCUGAACCCCUUACCAGUCUGUAUGACAAGAAGGCAAGAGACCUGAACCUGGCUGAAUUACAAGAGCGUGCAGAAGGAAUAUUUGAGGACUUGACUGUCACUGAAGAACAGGUACAUAACAUAUUCUGUUUACUAAUGACUGAAAUCUAAGAUCUACCAUGUUAUGUGCACGUGUACUGUGUGUGCGCUAUCUUGCAAUGUAAAUGAGAAACUGUUUGGAUUGCCAUGUUUUCAGAGUGAUAUUGUAGAGGAGGAGACCCAAGCACAGUCCAAGUCCAGAAUUUGGUUUGAUCAAAGGAGUGGUAGGGUGACAGGAUCUACCUUCAGAGCAGCAACAAGAACAGACCUCAGAAAGCCAGCCGUGUCUCUCAUAAGACAGAUAUGUGACCCAAAGUCCCAUGUUUUCAGCAGUGAGGCUACCAGGUAUUCAUGGGCAGAGAAUUCCAGCCAAUGUCAACAUGCAGUUGAACAUCCUAACAUACUCCAAAUAGCAUCCCAAAAGUUUCUGCCUUGUUGUAAGGUGUCAGCUGAUGUUCAUCAUCCCAAAAGUAAUGGGCAUAUGCAUUUGAUUACUUAUUGUAUGAAACAUUGUGACAUGUGCAUCAGCAGACACCUUACAAUACAGCUGUAUCAUGUGGGAUGAUAUAUGCCACAUCUUCAGGAAGGUACUGACAAGUCAAGGGUAGUGUGUGUGAGCAUUACAACUGCAUGUUGAAAUCAGCUGGAAUUUCCCUGUAAACUAAAAUAGGGUGUGCAGUGUGUAAUCUCUUCUAUGUAUGUGUUAACUUACUUACGUACAACAUAUGGUGUACAAGAAAAUUAGUGUGAGGUGAAUGAACAGAGAGGGUAAAUGCAGUAAGUACUAGGCUAUUCUUUAAAAAGAAGUGUAAAACCAAGUACAGCAUUAAACAUUUGUAAAGGGCAGGGAGGUAGCAAUGUGGGGUGGCAUUACUAUUGUCCAAAACUCAUAUUUCCAUUGUUUCUUCAGAUGGGGAUGCAAUAAUGAAGAACUGGCCAGAAAAUACUACGAAAUGCAGCAUCGCCUAUCACACACAGACGUCCUGGUGCGACCAGCCGGAUUUAGAAUUUCACCUCUGCACCCAUUUAUCGGGGCCUCACCUGAUGGGUAUGUGUCCUGUAGCUGCUGUGGUACAGGUGUCUUAGAAAUGAAGUGCCCAUUUUCUGCAAAGGAGCUUUCUGUCAAUGAAGCUGUAAAUUCUG